GGUGAAGGAGGACUUCAUGACACACAGGAGGGAGCAGUGAUUGGACCUAUCAGUGUUUUCUCCAUCCGGCGGAUGAGUCCCCAGCUCAGCCCACAGCAGUGAUUGGGCUAGGUGCCAGAUAGGGAGCUGUAGCAGGGGGGUGAUCAUGGCGGACGUGGACCCAGACACCUUGCUGGAGUGGCUCCAGAUGGGCCAGGGAGAUGAGAGGGACAUGCAGCUGAUCGCACUGGAGCAGCUCUGCAUGCUGCUGCUCAUGUCUGACAAUGUGGACCGCUGCUUCGAGACGUGAGUCACAGACACACACAGUCAACUGUUGAGCUCACAAAUGUCAACUGUUGGGCUCACAAGCAUCUCUCAAACAAGUAUCCCAAGCUGUUGUCAUACUGUUGAGGACAAUGCCGUGCUUAUACAAACUGUGUAUAGUGACAAAACAACAACUCCUCCUUUUAUGUGAUUACUGAGUCAUGCACAGCUGCUUGUUUACAUGUCAUACAAGAGGUACAUAAGAGGUCUUCUAACUGGUGGUCCUCUGUAGCUCAGCUGGUAGAGCACGGCGCUUGUAACGCCAAGGUAGUGGGUUCGAUCCCCGGGACCACCCAUACACAAAAAAAUGUAUGCACGCAUGACUGUAAGUCGCUUUGGAUAAAAGCGUCUGCUAAAUGGCAUAUUAUUAUUUAUUAUUAUUAUUAUUAUUAUUAUUAUAACUGCAUUCUAAUGGGAUCAAUAAAAGUUAAAUAAAAAAAAAUGUCCUCUGUCCUCUUCUCCCAGGUGUCCCCCACGCACCUUCCUCCCAGCCCUGUGUAAGAUCUUCCUGGACGAGAGCGCCCCGGACAACGUGCUGGAGGUGACGGCCCGCGCCAUCACAUACUACCUGGACGUGUCGGCUGAGUGCACCCGCAGGAUCGUUGGCGUGGACGGGGCUAUCAAGGCACUGUGUAACCGCCUGGUGGUGGUGGAGCUCAACAAUAGGACCAGCAGAGACCUGGCAGAGCAGUGUGUCAAGGUAUGCUUUUUUAUUACGGAAAUGCUCCUGACGAAGACCCAAUUAGGGAACAUUAUACCAGUAUGGAGAUCUAGUUUAUGGUUCUACAUUAUUCAAUUAUGCGUCUUGCCUUUUUCAUUUGUCAUGUGAUCGACUGGUGGCUUCAAGCUCCCUUUCACUGUUUACACGAGAACGUUCUUUCCCUUUUACCUGAGACGUUUUUAUUCAAAUCUGAUGAUGCAAAUGAAGUCUUGAAUAUUUCUGUAGUGUACACAACAAGUAUAUCUGGUUGAGGAAGGGCUUAUGUUUGUUGUAGAAUAAUAGAGAACAUGCUCACUCUCAAAAGUAGUCGGGUGCUGAAUCCUCAAAAGUAGUCGGGUGCUGUGUACAGUCCAAAGUGAAAGAGAUUGUCCGCACACCAUAAAUAAUCAAUAAUGAAUAUAUUAUUUUGUUGACUGAACUUGUGUUUCUGGUGUCAUUUGCCAGGUGCUGGAGCUGAUCUGUACCAGGGAGUCUGGAGCAGUGUUUGAGGCUGGGGGUCUGAACUGUGUGCUUAGCUUCAUCCGGGACAGCGGUCAUCUGGUCCAUAAGGACACCCUGCACUCUGCCAUGGCUGUGGUGUCUCGCCUGUGCAGCAAGAUGGAGCCCCAGGACUCCUCUCUGGAGACCUGCGUGGAGUCCCUCUCCAGCCUGCUCAAACACGAGGACCACCAGGUGAAUAGGACACCCACUCAAGAGUCAUCGGUAUGGGUGGGGUCAUCCAUACACAUUGGUGGUGGAUGGAUGAUGUUUCCCUUUAUGUAAAUGUUUUGAGGUUCUGGAAAAGUAGUAUAUAAAUCGACUCAAUUAUCAUCGGAAAGAAGCUUGAAGGUCUGGUUGCAAAUGAUUGCAUCGUUAUUGAUUUAAAAUGCAACCCAUUGAUCCACAGGUGUCUGACGGUGCUCUGCGCUGCUUUGCCUCUCUGGCGGACCGCUUCACCCGUCGAGGGGUGGACCCGGCGCCUCUGGCCAAGCAUGGGCUGACAGAGGAGCUGCUGUCCCGGAUGGCUGCCGCAGGAGGCACGGUCUCCGGCCCCUCCUCCACCAGUAAGCCAGGCCGGACCUCCACUGGGGCCCAACCCACCGUUGCUGAUUCCAAACUCAGCAACCAGGUGUCCACCAUCGUCAGCCUGCUGUCCACGCUGUGCAGAGGUUCUCCCCUCGUCACCCAUGUAAGGACAUUUUACAUUUGGUCUUGUGUUUUUUAAUACAAAGUUACAAAAUAAAUUGGGACAAUAUACCCUUUCUGAAAUGUAAUCUUCAAGGACCAGCCCAUAUUUCAAAGGCACUACACACUGAGAGGAGUUUUAUUAGAUCGCUUUUUUAAAAGAGUCUUUAGCCUUCUUGACAAAUUAUUGCAGUUUGAUUUGCUGCCAAAGUGGUAGGUGUAUUUGGUGUUAUGAGCCCUCUGGGACACAUUUCUGUAUUAGUAAGGAGUAAUAAUUUAUUACAAAACAAUUUUAUUGGCACAGAAUAUUAAUGUAUGAACCGUAAUAUCUUAAAAGCUAACGGUAAUUACAAAAAAAACUCGGAAAGGAUCCAGUUUCAGAAUAUUUCAGUGAAGAGCGCUGUAUUAUAAUGAGAGCUAUGAGGAAGUGAGAAUGACUAGCGUAAUAUAAUAAUGGAUUGGGAUAAUAAGUGUUUUUGUUUUGUCUCCUCCCUCUGUGUGUGUGUGUGUGUGUGUGUGUGCGCCUGUGUGUUUCCUGUGUGUGUGUACAGGAUCUUCUGCGCUCUGCGCUGCCUGACUCCAUGGAGAGUGCCCUGCAGGGGGAUGAACGCUGUGUCCUGGACACCAUGCGUCUGGUGGACCUGCUGCUGGUGCUGCUGUUUGAGGGCCGCAAGGCUCUGCCCAAAUCCACCGCUGGAUCCACAGGACGCAUCCCGGGCCUGCGACGGCUGGACAGCUCCGGGGAGCGCUCCCACCGACAGCUCAUCGACUGUAUCCGCAGCAAAGACACAGACGCACUCAUCGACGCAAUCGACACCGGAGGUGGGUGGAUAUAGAGUCAAAAGUAAUGCACUAUAAAGAGAAUAGGGUACCAUUUGGGAAGCCGGCAUAUCCUAUGUUUUAUUCCUUUUCCUCCUUUUCUUAAUAACUAAGAUGUAAAUAUUGUGUUGUUUAUUGUUCCUGGAGGAUGUUGCCGUAGUGAUAACCAAAAGAGACCUUUGUUAUUAACGCCAUGUGGUGUUUCUGUCUGGAGGUUGUGGCAGAGGACGCUUGUCCAAACUGGUGUAAUGGUGCCCUUUUUCCUCAUUCAUUUCAGCCUUUUGUUUGCAUAAUGUUAAAUGUAUCAUGUUUAUGAUAGAGUGCACGCUUAGUCAAUUCCCCAAAAUGAUUCCUGUUGCAGCUUUUGAAGUGAAUUUCAUGGAUGACGUCGGGCAGACUCUUUUGAACUGGGCCUCUGCGUUUGGCACGCAGGAAAUGGUAAGAUGUUAGCUAUUAUUUUUUAGACUUGAGUCUCGUAUCCCUCCAUCUCUUUACAGGGCAAUUGUAAUAGUUUACCCGUGUACAUUAUGGUGGCCAUUAUGCAUUGGAGCAGAACAGAAUGGCUCAUUGUGCCAGGGAAAUUAAGGAUAGCAUCUCCUCCCUGUUGAGCUGCAAGAGCAAGGCUGUUCACAACCAGGAAGUGCUCAAGGCUCUGCCAAUAGGUGUCCAUAGCAACAAACAGCAGCACAAACAUGAAUGAAUGCUGUGUAUGCAUAAUCUGGCUUAAUGCAGCCUGAUUACUAGGGUUUGGUUUAAUAAUGCCUUGUUUGUCACCUCGAAACCAGACCACAACACAGAUCCAUCACAUCUUACACAACACCUUGUAUUCAUUAGGCUCCAAACAGAAGAACACAGACUAAAACAAGGAAGGACUAUCUGGACUAUUUUAAUAUGAAACAUACAUUGCUGUUCCAAAACGUUUUUAAUGUGUUCCUUUGCCUGGACCAUGUUGAAUAACCCCUGUUUGUUGUGGUUGGUGUCCCAGGUUGAGUUCCUGUGUGAGAGAGGUGCUGAUGUCAACAGAGGUCAGAGGUCCUCCUCCCUCCAUUACGCUGCCUGUUUCGGACGGCCUCAAGUAGCAAAGGUAGAUAUGCUGUCUUUAACCCUCAUAGGAAAUAUCUUCUGAUGCUCUGUUUUUGACCAACAUCCCUUGACAAAAGCCUAGCAACCGGAAUGCUGGGCGCUGGUUUAUAUUGAUUUCAAUUAAUGUAAAGACACUACAUUGCCAAAAGUAUGUGGACACCUGCUCGUCGAACAUCUCAUUCCAAAAUCAUGGGCAUUAAUAUGGAGUUGGUCCCCCUUUGCUGCUAUAACAGCCUCCACUCUUCUGGGAAGGCAUCCACUAGAUGUUGGAACAGUGCUGCGUGGACUUGCUUACAUUCAGCCAUGAGGAUUAUUGAGGUCGGGCGCUGAUGUUGGGCGAUUAGGCCUGGCUCGCAGUCAAAUUCAUCCCAAAGGUGUUCAAUGGGGUUGAGGUCAGGGCUCUGUGCAGGCCAGUCAAGUUCUUCCACACUGAUCUUGAUAAACAAUUUCUGUAAUGACCUUUCUUUGUGCACGGGGGCAUUGUCAUGCUGGAACAGGAAAGAGCCUUCCCCAAACUAUUGCCACAAAGUUGGAAGCAGAGAAUCAUCUAGAAUGUAAUUGUAUGCUGUAGCGUUAAGAUUUAACUUCACUGGAACUAAGGGGCCUAGCCCGAACCAUGAAAAACACCCCCAGACCAUUAUUCCUCCUCCACCAAACUUUUCAGUUGGCACUAUGCAUUGGGGCAGGUAGCGUUCUCCUGACAUCCGCCAAACCCAGAUUCGUCCGUCGGACCGCCAGACGCAUGAUUCAUCACUCCAGAGAACGCGUUUCCACUGCUCCAGAGUCCAAUGGCGGUGAGCUUUACACCACUCCAGCCGACGCUUGGCAUUGUGCAUGGUGAUCUUAGGCUUGUGUGUGGCUGCUCGGCCAUGGAAACCCAUUUCAUGAAGCUCCCGACGAACAGUUCUUGAGCUGACGUUGCUUCCAGAGGCAGUUUGGAACUCCGUAGUGAGUGUUGCAACCGAGGACAGAUGAUUUUUACGAGCUACACGCUUCAGCACACACCGGUCCCGUUCUGUGAGCUUGUGUGGCCUACCACUUCACGGCUGAGCCGUUGUUGCUCCUAGACGUUUCCACUUCACAAUAACAGCACUUACAGUUGACCAGGGCAGCUCUAGCAGGGUAGAAAUUUGACAAACUGACUUGUUGGAAAGGUGGCAUCCUAUGACGGUGCCACGUUGAACGUCACUGAGCUCUUCAGUAAGGCCAUUCUACUGCCAAUGUUUGUCUAUGGUGAUUGCAUGGCUGUGUGCUCGAUUUUAUACACCUGUCAGCAACAGGUGUGGCUGAAAUAGCCGAAUCCACUAAUUUGAAGGGGUGUCCACAUACUUUUGUAUAUAGUGUACAGGUAGACUCUAUGUAUGUUCCCUUAGUAAGCAUCAUUGUCUGUGUCUUUAGACUCUACUGCGACAUGGAGCCAACCCUGACCUCCGAGAUGAAGAUGGGAAAACUCCCCUGGAUAAAGCCAGGGAGCGUGGCCACAGUGAGGUUGUAGCCAUCCUCCAGUCUCCUGGUGAGUUAUAAUAUAUGAACAUAAUCACACCUUCCGAUGAUUGUCGGAUUUAGAUUUGAUUUGGGAGUUGAUUGGUUGACGUUUAUUAUUGUCCUUGAGGAGGAAAUGAUUUCGAAGUUACAUAUACAUAUAGAAACAGCAACGAGCAAACAACAAACGGACAUAACAGCUGGUUUGCCGACUGCCAGAAAAAAACCUUGGUUACGAGUGACCAACAGUGGUUAUGUGACAACCUGUUCUGUUCUGUAGGAGACUGGAUGUGCCCCGUUAACAAAGGAGAGGACAAGAAGAAGAAGGAUGUGAACAAGGAGGAGGAGGGAGGCAGCGAACCCAAAGGAGACCCUGAGAUGGCCCCCAUCUACCUGAAGAGGCUGCUACCAGUAUUUGCACAAACCUUUCAGCAAACCAUGCUACCUUCUAUUAGGUGACUUGGAUAAUCAUUUGACCAAUCGACCCAAGGUCCAUAUAAAUGUGCUGUAACUGUAACGUUACCAGUAUGUUCUAUGCAACAUAAAAUCAAUAAGAUGUUACCAAUGACUAGGAAGAUUGACUCAAACACAUUGAUACUUAUCCCUCCCACCCACACAAGACAGCAUUCUCUUGUUACUGUAUGAUUUGGUUACCUCUGGGGUAGUCUAAACUCAUAGAUGUAUAUACAACUAUUUAUGACUAAGUGCCUGAAUGUAUCAAUUGUUUCAAUAGGGACAUAUGCAAAUACAUUGACACAACCCCAUUAACACAUGUCCCCCCCCCCCCCCCCCCACAGGAAAGCCAGCCUGGCGCUGAUCAGGAAGAUGAUCCACUACAGCUGUGAAGUGCUGCUGAAGGAGGUGUGUGACUCUGACGCCGGCCACAACCUGCCCACCGUGCUAGUGGAGAUCACGGCCACCGUGCUGGAUCAGGAGGUACAGCAAUACACAACAUCCAUCCCUUUUGUGUGUGUGACCCACCACAGUUAACAACGCUGUCCACCACUGACCGGAUGCCUGUUAAUCUCUCUAGCUGCACCAGGUUUCAUCCACAGUGUUUGUGUCUGGAGGCUAAGUUAACUGUGGUGUGUCGAUCUCUUCCACCACAGGAUGAUGAUGACGGUCACCUGCUGGCCCUGCAGAUCAUCAGAGACCUGGUGGACAAGGGAGGAGACGUCUUCCUGGACCAGCUGGCUAGACUGGGAGUCAUCAACAAGGUGUCCACUCUGGCUGGACCCACCUCAGACGACGAGAACGAGGAGGUGUCCAAACCAGAGAAGGUGAGAUGAGACCACCACAUUGCAGUCAGACCAAAGAUGCACUGAUGGAGCUUUGUGAUAUCUGUGUGUAAUGAAAAGCGCUCUACAAAUGUAUUAUUAUAUGAUGCAUUAUUCAAAUCUAUUAUAUCUGGGUAAGUGUCUGCUACAUUACUAAAAUGUAAAUGUAUGUCUCUUCUUGUCCCGCCAGGAGGACGAGCCCCAGGAGGAAGCCAAAGAGGUGCAGCAGGGGAAGCCCUACCACUGGCGUGACUGGUCCGUCAUCAGGGGGAGGGACUGCCUGUAUAUCUGGAGUGACGCUGCAGCCCUGGAGCUUUCCAACGGCUCCAACGGCUGGUUCCGCUUCAUCCUGGACGGCAAGCUGGCCACCAUGUACUCCAGCGGAAGCCCAGAGGGAGGCUCUGACAGCUCAGGUAGACCUAGCUACAUACCUGGACUGUUAUGACUUGAACUUCCCCCAACUAGUUACUUAUUCCUCUUCAUCUCCUUUGGGACAUAAGGGCCAGGAUGAUCUCCCUCCACUUAUGUACAUGCAGUUAUAAAUAAAUGAAUAACAGUAUUUUAAUGGUGAUUUCGCAACCAACGUCGAACUGUUCCAAUUCGUCUAAUGUACUAACGACAACGUCAUCAUAUCCUUGUUUUCCCACCCAGAGAGUCGUAGUGAGUUUCUGGAGAAGCUGCAGCGUGCCCGGAGCCAGGUGAAGCCUGUGACAGCCAGCCAGCCCAUCCUGUCUGCCCUGGGUCCCACCAAGCUUACGGUGGGGAACUGGUCCCUGACCUGCCUGAAGGAGGGAGAGAUCGCCAUCCACAACUCUGACGGACAGCAGGCCACCAUCCUCAAGGAGGACCUGCCCGGCUUUGUGUUCGAGUCCAAUAGGGGCACCAAGCAUUCCUUCACCGCUGAAACGUCACUAGGUCAGUGCAUAUAGAUCAUAUAAUUCAUGUUGUAUUUCAUUCUGUAAUUAAGUGUUCCUAAAUCGUUUAGAGAUGCAUAUUUCUAAAUAAGGAAAAUGUAAAUCAAUAGUAAAUAUAUCCUCUUCUAGAAUGAGAGGAGGAGGUCAUGGCCAGGGGAAAGACAUCAAGUGCACCAGUUCCUAGUCUGGUCUGCAUCCAUUGCAUUCUAUGGAGAUUGUCUUUCUAAUAGUUUUCUGUUUGUUUUGCAUUGUACAGGGUCAGAGUUUGUGACUGGCUGGACUGGAAAGAGAGGAAGGAAGCUCAAAUCCAAAUUGGAGAAAACAAAACAAAAGGUGGAUGUUUAGUUUUCUUGUAGUGACGUCAGUCUGCUGUUCAGUGUUUCCCGGUAUAAAGCCAGCUUCCUUCUCCCUGAAUUUAGAAGAUUACGUUGUCUAUUUUGACAGGGACACAGAUUGUCUUUUUGCUAUUGAACGCAUUACAUAUUAUCCAUCUAGUUGUUUAGCCGUCAUAUUUUUCUUUUAGGUUGUAUGAUACUGUAGUUAUCCCCCAGUAUUUCCUUUGCCAAGUGAGCCUAGAGCUCCUCCCUGUCGGUUCCUAUGUUUUUAAAUGUGUUUGUUUUGCCUAACGUAGUUGAAUGUACUUAUUGUAAGUGGCUCUGGAUGAAGAGCGCCUGCUAAAUGGCUAAAAUGUCUAAUCUAAAUGUAGGUGAAGAGCGUGGCCAGAGACCUGUAUGACGACCAUUUCAAGGCGGUCGAGAGUAUGCCCAGGGGGGUGGUGGUCACCCUGAGGAACAUCGCCACCCAGCUGGAGUCUGCUUGGGAGCUGCAUACCAACAGACAGGUACUGACAUAGAAGCACAUAAACUCUAACCUAAUGUAUAUCAGAAUGCGAUAAACGUUAUGCAUACCAACAGACAGGGGUGGGGGAAUCGCUACAAUAAUAAGACUGAGUAUAUAUUUUUUCUCAUUAUUUGAAUUACUCUGACAUGGCAGUUGUAUUUAGUUCUCUUGGUUGUUCUGUCUGAAGCUGUAGGCGACAGGUUUGACACAGUGAAAGUUAAAUGUAAUGCUUUGUCUGUUGCAGUGUAUCGAGGGAGAGAACACAUGGAGAGACCUGAUGAAAACGGCUCUGGAAAACUUGAUUGUGGUUCUCAAGGAUGAAAACACCAUCUCCCCAUAUGAAAUGUGCAGCAGUGGCCUCGUGCAAGCACUUUUUACAGUGCUUAAUAAUGUAAGUAGGUUGGGAUCGAUGGAUGGUUGAGCCGUUUUGGAUGCGUUCCAAAUGGUACCGUUCUUCCAAUAUAGUACACUACUUUUCACCAGGGCCCUCUGGGUAAAAGUAGUACUCUAUAUAUAGGGAGCCAUUUGGGCCGCAGAUUUCUCUUUCUUAGCCUUGUUCUCAACACUGUCUGGGCAUCCAACUUCCUCAAUGUUGGGACAAAAAAACGUUCUGGAUCUGAAUAUUCUGUCGUUAGUCCAACUCCUGCUCAAUUAAUGUUUUUCUUUUCUGUUUCAGAGUGUGGAACUUGACAUGAAACAUGAUUGUAAACCAUUAAUGGAAAGGAUAAAUGUAUUUAAAACCGCAUUCAGUGAAAACGAAGAUGAUGAAAGGUGGUAAUCUAAUCAUUCUGACUUUAAUAUCAGUUAUUUUUAAAGAUGAGUGAAAAAAUAUAUAUCUGUUAGUGGCUCAUCUCCUGGUUUGUCCCAUUUAUUCAGCCGACCCGCAGUUGCCUUAAUCCGCAAACUACUAGCAGUCCUGGAGUCCAUUGAGAGGCUACCUCUGCACCUGUAUGACACCCCAGGCUCCACCUAUAACCUGCAGGUGAGUCUCUCCUCCAGCCACACCUCACACUAGUGUAGUGGUGGUGGCCAGUUGUUUGUUUGUUCCCUCAACCUAAGCAAUAAACAGGUAAUGUAAAAUGGAUUUGUCAUUCUUUGUGUUUGUGUGCGUGUGUUAGAUUCUGACGAGGCGGUUGCGUUUCCGUCUGGAGCGUGCCCCUGGGGAGACGGCACUGAUCGACCGUACAGGGCGCAUGUUGAAGAUGGAGCCCCUGGCCACCGUGGAGUCUCUGGAGCAAUACCUCCUCAAGAUGGUACGACCCCCUUACUUUACUUUAACCCUGUUUAAUCCUUUCAUUAUCUGCCCAUUCAGUGUGUUUGAGGCGAUCAGUUUGAGAAAGUCGAGGCGCAGAAUGGUAAUCUUGAUCACAUAAUAUAUGUUAUUUGGUAUGCAAGGGGAUUUGAAUAUCAGUGUUCCUGCGCAUUUUGACUGCAAUGUAGUCAAUCUCAAACAUGCACAUGGUCUCAGAGUAAUCUUCUCUCGCUCCUCCAGGUGGCCAAGCAGUGGUACGACUUUGACAGAUCCUCCUUCAUCUUCGUCAGGAAGCUGAGAGAGGGACAAACCUUCACAUUCAGACACCAGCAUGACUUUGACGAGAACGGAAUAGUCUACUGGAUUGGCACCAAUGCAAAGUAAGUCUCCUCCCGUCGUCUUUAUGUGCAAAGACCUGAUAAUAAGCAAAAUGCUUAUGAUCCAAUAUAAGAAAAACAACCUUGUAUUAAUCUAGUGUGUUUCCUCUGUGUCUCCAGGACUGCCUAUGAGUGGGUGAACCCAGCAGCCUAUGGCCUGGUGGUCGUGACCUCCUCUGAGGGUCGUAACCUGCCCUACGGCCGACUGGAGGACAUCCUGAGUCGGGACAGCUCUGCCCUCAACUGCCACACCAACGACGAUAAGAACGCCUGGUUCGCCAUCGACCUGGGCCUGUGGGUCAUCCCCUCGGCCUACACCCUGCGCCAUGCCCGCGGCUACGGACGCUCCGCCCUCAGGAACUGGGUGUUCCAGGUGUCCAAAGACGGCCAGAACUGGAUGAGUCUGUACACCCACGUGGAUGACUGCAGCCUCAACGAGCCAGGGUAAGUAAGCCUUGUCCUAGACAGAAUGGCCCAUAGGACAGGAGCCUCUCUUCAGGAAAAACUCAGGACCCUAAACACAUAAGUCUGAUUCUGACUGUGAGUUUGUGUCUUGUCCUGUCGAAGGUCCACAGCCACCUGGCCUCUGGACCCUUCCAAAGAGGAGAAGCAGGGCUGGAGACACAUCCGCAUCAAGCAGAUGGGGAAGAAUGCCAGUGGGCAGACCCACUACCUGUCUCUGUCAGGCCUGGAGAUCUACGGCACCGUAAGCGGCGUGUGUGAGGACCAGCUAGGUAAGAGUCUGCUCCUGGGUCCCAUCAAGGUUUCUUCCAUCUAGGGAGUUGGUCCUUGCUACUUCUGCUUGCUUUUUGGGGGGGGGGUCUAAGCUCCCGCCAGUGCUGUCAAGGAACAGUCAAAACACUUAAGGAUUUUAACAAGUGUUCAUACUCCUUGACUUAUUCCACAUGUUGUUGUUACAGCCUGAAUUCAAAAUUGAUGACAUUUAUUUGUUUCUCACCCAUCUACACACAAUACCCAUACUGACAAAGUGAAAAUAUGUUUUUAGAAAUUAAUUGAAAAUGAAAUACUAAUUUACAUAAGUAUUCACACCCCUGAGUCAAUGCAUGUUAGAAUCACCUUUGGCAGCGAUUUAGAGCUGUGAGUCUUUCUGGGUACGUUUCUAAGAGCUUUCCACACAUGGAUUGCACAACAUUUGCCCAUUUAUUCUUUUUUAAAUUCUUCACGCUCCGUCAAAUUGGUUGUUGAUCAUUGGUAGACAACCAUUUUCAGGUCUUGCCAUAGAUUUUCAAGUAGAUUUAAUUCAAAACUGUAACAGUGUCCAGUGGAAAGCAGACAACCAGGUUUUCCUCUAGGAUUUUGCCUGUGCUUAGCUCCAUUCCGUUUCUUUUUUAUCCUGAAAAACUCCCCAGUCCUUAACGAUUACAAGCAUACACCCAAACAAGGGCACCACUGGCUUCCAGUUGAGGCUCGCAUCUACUACAAGACCAGGGUGCUUGCCUACGGAGCUGUGAGGGGAACGGCACCUCCUUACCUUCAGGCUCUGAUCAGACCCUACACCCAAACAAGGGCACUACGUUCAUCCACCUCUGGCCUGCUAGCCCCCCUACCUCUACGAAAGCACAGUUCCCGCUCAGCCCAGUCAAAGCUAUUUGCUGCUCUGGCACCCCAAUGGUGGAACAAGCUCCCCCACGACGCCAGGACAGCGGAGUCACUGACCACCUUCCAGAGACACUUGAAAUCCUACCUCUUUAAGGAAUACCUGGAAUAGUAUAAAGUAAUCCUUCUACUACCCCCCCCCCCCCCCCCCCCCCCCCAAAAAAAAAAAAAAAAAAAAAAAAGUGGUUGUCCCACUGGCUAUCAUAAGUUGAAUGCACCAAUUUGUAAGUCGCUCUGGAUAAGAGCGUCUGCUGUAAAUGUAUUCAGGACAAAAAGUUAAUUGCUUUGCCAACAUUUUUUGCAGUAUUACUUUAGUGCCUUAUUGCAAACGAUGCAUGUUUUGGUAUAUUUGUAUUCUGUACAUUAGGUUAGUAUUGUGGAGUAAUUACAAUAUUGUUGAUCCAUCCUCUGUAAUUGUUUUUAAAGUCACCAUAGGCCUAAAAUCCCUGAGCGGUUUCCUUCCUCUCCGGCAACUGAGUUAGUGACUGGGUUUAUUGAUACACCAUCGAAAGUGUCAUCAAUAACUUCACCAUGUUCAAAGGGGUAUUCAAUGUCUGCUUUGAUUAUUGUUACCCAUCUACCAAUAGAGCCCACAGUGGAGGUGUCAUAAUACCCAUAAAACCUAGCGGUCAAACAGGGAAAUGCUUCCAAUCCUUUUCCACCGUACAUUUUUCCCAUAGGGGAUUUUAGAAACACUUAAUAAGGGCUGUGUUUCGUGUAGGCUUACCCUGGCGUGACGUUUUGAUAACCAUAUAAAUCUCUCUCGGACAAUUUGACUUUUAUCAAUAUAUUCUGAUCUAUUUACUCUGAUUCUAAAAUGCUAAUUAGACAUUAUGCAAAACUACAAAUCCCUGCAAGCUCCUGCACGUCAUGUCUAGCUGACACCUUUACUAACAGGUAUUGUCUCAAUUUAAAACUUGCACAGUUCACGGAAUUGUCAAUUUAAAGAAAUGUAGCCAAUUUAUUCAUUACCGUUUGGCUAACAUUAGAUAGUUAAUCCAGAGAUUCUUACCUUUGCCUCGAUUUGGCAGUCUCGUCCAGAUCAUCAUUGCAUUUGGAGUUCUUUAUCAUAGUCACAUUAGCAGCUAAUUAGCAUUUCAUUUUUGGAGGGUAAAUACAGGCAAAUAUAUUAAUAAAAGUCACCUUGUCCUACCUAGAGAGAUUUACACAGUUAUCAAAACGUCACGCCAGGGUAAGCCUACACGAAACAGCCCUUAUUUUAAGUGUUUCUAAAAUCCCCCAUGGGAAAAAUGAAUGGUGGAAAAAAAAUUGGAACCAUUUCCCUGUUUGACUGCUAGAUUUUAUGGGUAUUAUGACUCAUACAUAACAAAGGGAUUGAAUACUUUUUGACUCGAGACAUUUCAGCUUUUCAUUUUUUUAUUAAUAAUAGAAUUCCACUUUGACAUAAGGUAUUGUGUGUAGGCCAGUUACAGAACAUCUCCAAUGAAUCCAUUUUAAACUCAGGCUGUAACAACAACAUUUUGAAAAAGUCAAGGGGUGUGAAUACUUUCUGAAGGCACUGUGUGUAUGCGAGGAGCACUCUUUUUGCUGAGGCCGACAGUGGUUGUACACUGAACAAAAAUAUAAACGCAACAUGCAACAAUUUCAAAGAUUUACGUAGAUAUAAGGAAAUCAGUCAAUUGAUAUAAAUUCAUUAGGCCCUAAUCUAUGGAUUUCACAUGACUGGGAAUACAUAAAUGCAUCUGUUGGUCACAGAUACCUUAGAAAAAAAGGUAGGGUUCUGGAUCAGAGAACCAGUCAUUAUCUGGUGUGACCACCAUUUGCCUCAUGCAGCGCGACACAUCUCCUUCGUAUAGAGUUGAUCAGGCUGUUGAUUGUGGCCUGUGGAAUGUUGUCCCACUCCUCUUCAAUGGCUGUGCGAAGUUGCUUGGUAUUGGCGGGAACUGGAAAACGCUGUCGUACACGUCGAUCCAGAGCAUCUCAAACACGCUCAAUGGGUUACGUCUGGUGAGUAUGCAGGCCAUGGAAUAACUGGGAUAUUUUCAGCUUCCAGGAAUUGUGUACAGAACCUUGCGACAUGGGGCCGUGCAUUAUCAUGCUGAAACAUGAGGUGAUGGCGGCGGAUGAAUUGCACGACAAUGGGCCUCAGGAUCUCGUCACGGUGCAUUGAAAUUGCCAUCGAUAAAAUGCAAUUGUGUUCGUUGUCCGUAGCUUAUGCCUGCCCAUACCAUAACCCCACCGCCACCAUGGGGUACUCUGUUCAGAACAUUGAGGUCAGCAAACCGCUCAUCCACAUGACGCCAUACGCGUGGUCUGCGGUUUUGAGGCCAGUUAGACGUACUGCCAAAUUCUCUAAAAUGACGUUGGAGGCGGCUUAUGGUAGAGAAAUGAACCUUCAAUUGUCUGGCAACAGCUCUGGUGGACAUUCCUGCAGUCAGCAUGCCAAUUGCACGCUCCCUCAACUUGAGACAUCUGUGGCGUUGUGUGACAAAACUGCACAUUUUAGUGGCUUUUUAUUGUCCCCAGCACAAGGUGCACCUGUGUAAUGAUCAUGCUGUUUCAUCAGCUUCUUGAUAUGCCACAACUGUCAGGUGGAUGGAUUAUCUUGGCAAAGUAGAAAAGCUCACUAACAGGGAUGGAUGUAAAGCUUUUUGUGCGUAUGAAACAUUUCGGGGAUCUUUUAUUUCACGCAACAUGGGACCAACACUUUAAAUGUUGCGUUUUAUAUUUUUGGUCAGUGUAGUAUGUUUAUGAAUAAUGAUUCAUUAGAUGUUAAUGACUCUAAGCAAUCUGACCCGUCUCCUUCUCCCCUCCACAGGUAAAGCAGUGAAGGAAGCGGAGGCCAAUCUACGCAGGCAGAGGCGUCUGUUCCGCUCCCAGGUGAUGAAGUACAUAGUGCCCGGGGCGCGCGUGGUGCGGGGCAUCGACUGGAAGUGGAGAGACCAGGAUGGCAACCCAGCAGGAGAGGGUACGGUGACGGGGGAGGCCCAUAACGGUAAAACUCUACUACAGCCUAAGCCCACACCAUCUAAUAUAACGUCCGUCUGGGUGUGUGGAACUGAACCACCACACCCACAGCUUGCAUAGAAAGCUUUUGUUUUUAAAUGGGAAAGAAAGGUGUAAGAAAUGUUCUAAAGGGACUUAGUCGACUGACAUGAUGAUGCAUGUUUAAACUGCUAAAGCAGGACAUAAUGCAGAGCUUUAUCCCAGAAUAAACCCAUACGUCACCCCAUCAUCAUCACAUGUAGACAGUGGGGAGUGUUGUAAUAGUUGUUCAGAGAAAUUGGGCUACGUAACUAUGGCUAUUGAACAUAGGAUGUGCAAAAACUAGUAACAAUGUAACAAUGGAGUCAUUGAUACAAAUAUAGAAUUUUCUAAAACAAAUUGUGAACAUCAAGUGCAUUUACAUGCUUUGAGGAGCCUUUUAGUACAUCUUAAAGGGCAAUCCACCACUUUUCAACCUCAUUUUCAUAAUCUCCAGCACAAUACCAGUGUCUACAUAUGUGAAAACGGUGCAUUUCGACUUUUUGUUGCAAAAAAAUAUACAGUUAAACUCGUUGCAGGUUUUGAAAUUAACUGGGUUUUUUUUUUGCUUUUAUUCUUACCCUUGUCAUUUUAUAGGACCAUAUCUUUUUAACUACAGAUCAUAGAAACAUUUUCACAUAUGUAUACACUGAUACGGUCCUGGAGAUAAUGAAUAGGAGGUUGAAAAGUGGAGGAAUUGCCCUUUAACCCAAAUCUCAUUUUUUACUAACUCUCGUCCCACUUUUGUAUGUUAAAAACUGAGGGUAGAGUCGGUCUGAAAGAAACCGACCAGCAGUUGUUCAUUAUGUCCUAAUAUAAUGUUUGCGCUUACAUAACAUUUGUGCUAUAACCCUGAUCAGUAACUUGAAAAACAAUGUCUGUAUAAGACAUUGUACAGGUGGGUUGGUGGGCGGAGCUGCUACACAGUUCUAAACGGUCCAGCGUUUUCCCCCCUGGCUUUCCCACUAAAGACUGUUACUUUCUACCUUCUGCUUCUGACCUAUCACGAUAGGCCUAUUACUUACUUACUCCUCUUCAUCCCCAUUGGGAAAUAAGGCUGUGCUUUAUGUUAAUGAAGGAUCAAUAAUAACCUUCAAGAGCACUUUAACUGUAGAGGCUGAGCACUGACUACAGAGCAGCCUAGUGGUUGAUCAGAGUCAGUGCUACUGCUCUGCUAUGUGACUAGACUGCAUUAUGUGGGGCUCAUCCUCCUAUUGCUCUUCCGGCCACAUUAUUAAAUACAAGGGUGUGAAAAGGAUCAUAUAUUACCGAUCUCUGUAUGCCGAACGUCUUUUAAAACCACUCUCAUGAUCAUUUUACGUAUUUCACUAAACUUGCAAAACUGUCACUACCAUUAUACCCUUUUUGUUAUUAGUUUGCUAUUUUGAAGUGCAACCCUCCCCCCUCUCCCCCAACUUACCAGGUAACUUUUUCAUACUUGUACAAGCUAUCUGUUAGAUCUCUGGGCAGCCAUGUGUUUUAAAUACGUUUUGACUAAUUGUCUCCAUCAAUCAACUAAGUGCAUGUUGAUGUCACAAUUUGCAAGCACUGAAUAGACUCACUCCAUUGCAACUAUAUUAUAUUUACAUUGACAAAAAUGUUCUUCAGUUCCUUUUUCUCAAGUGGCUUUUAGCUUCGCAUUUGCAAAAUUCUACUUUGCUUCUCAUUUUCUGUAACUCAUGAUUUCUAUUCCAUUGCUUCACCUGGACCAGAGUAAUGGACCAUACGGUUUUGUUAAGACACCCAAUAUCUAAUUUGACUUGCUAUUGAUUUAACUACUCAGCAAUAUGCUGAACAUAUUAUCAGCUUCAGCAUAGCUGCAUAGAAUUGCAUACUGAUUUUGAAUUAUGGCUCUAGUCUGAAGCUGUAUUCGGCCCACCUGUCGUUUAUUGUCAUAAAGGUAUCUGGUCCAGUGUCAAGCGGAGUUGCUGUCUUGACUUGCUGUCUGCUCUCUGCUGGGUCUCACAACAUUCAUAUCCCUUUCCAGGCUGGAUUGAUGUCACCUGGGAUGCUGGUGGCUCAAACUCAUACCGUAUGGGUGCUGAAGGAAAAUUUGACCUCAAGCUUGCGCCAGGGUACGACCCUGAGUCUGCGCCGUCACCCAAACCUGUCUCAUCCACUGUUUCAGGCACAGCGCAGUCCUGGAGCAGCCUGGUGAAAAAUAACUGUCCGGACAAGGGUGGCUCCUCCUCGGCUGCAGGGGCCAGCUCUUCAAGCCGGAAGGGCAGUAGCAGCUCGGUGUGUAGCGUGGCCAGCAGCAGCGAUAUCAGUCUCAGCUCCACCAAGAUAGAGCGCCGGGCCGAGAGCCUGCUGGAGCAAGGGGGGGUACUAGGGGUCGGUGGUGGCACCCCCGGGGCAGAGGGCCAAGAGCCCAUCGUGGUGCUAUCCUCCGAGGCUGGAUGCGCAUCCAGCACGUUAACUGCUGAGGAGGGCGGCGAGCGGAAAGCGGGCGCGGACAGGCAAGCGGCGGCAGACGCCACGGCCAUCUCCAUGGCACUAGUCAGCGUCAGCUCGCCCGACGUCAGCUCCGUGUCCGAGUCCUCUAGUAAGGAGGCGGCUUCCCAGAGGCCUCUAUGUUCUGCGGCCAGUGCCCGUCUGUCCGUCAGCUCUCUGCUGGCUGCCAGCGCUCCCAUGAGCUCCAGCGCCAGCGUGCCCAACCUGUCGUCACGGGAGGCCAGCCUCAUGGAAUCGUUUGUGAGGAGGGCUCCCAACAUGUCCCGCACCAAUGCCACCAACAACAUGAACCUGAGCCGCAGCAGCAGCGACAACAACACCAACACACUGGGACGAAACGUCAUGAGCACUGCCAGUGAGUAUUCAGCCUAUACUGUCUGCAGGCCAGGGAUGCAUGGGAUACAUUUACAUUUUAGUCAUUUAGCAGACGCUCUUAUCCAGAGCGACUUACAGUUAGUGAGUGCAUAGAUUAUUUUAUUUUUUUCAUACUGGUCCCCCGUGGGAAACGAACCCACAACCCUGGCACUGCAAACGCCAUGCUCUACCAACUGAGCUACACGGCCCUCAGCCUUCAGUGCACAUAAAGGACCACUGUCCAGCCAGCUACUGGACAUGAUUGGUUAGACUUGUAGAAGGAGACUUGUAACUUGGGUUCGUGAUUUGGUCAAACUUUUACAUAAACGUAGAGUUUAGCUUCAGCUAGUACAAUAAUAAAGUAUACAAUUUUUACAACGUGAAGUAGUAGUUAAUUUUACAUUGCAAGGACACGUGUAAUGUUUUAAACAAGUACUGUGAAUGCAUACAUCGCAAAAAUAUGUAAAAUGUUUUACAAUGUGUUCAAUAUUGAUAAAAUGAUUGCUAAUCUGAUCACCACAUAAAGGGAAGGAACAAAACAGCCAAGAAGAAUAACUACUGGCUUCACAUAAGAAUGGUGUUCUUGCUUUUGUGCUGAUGUUUUUUUGUUUGUCUUUGCUCUAAUAUUAGGCUAUUUCGUUAAACCAAGGAGAAUCUAAUGACUUUUUUGGCUUUGCUGACAGUGUAUUACUAAAUUUGAUUUAUUUCAUCCUUAAAUAGAGCUAUAGAAAUAAUGAGCGGUGGAUACUUUUAUAAUAUUGACACAUUUUUUUACUCAACAUGACUUCCAAUGGUCAGAAGAUGCUGACUGUGGCUUGAAUGUGAUAAGCAUGUGUAGUGGCAGAAGAACUAGCAUUCAAUAAUACCUGCUUAUUUUUCUGUUUGGGAACUAAUCGCAUUUUUGGUUUUUGUUUGUUUGCAGCUUCUCCUCUCAUGGGUGCACAGAGCUUUCCUAACCUCACAACCACUGGUACCACCUCAACUGUUACAAUGUCCACAUCCAUAGUAACCAGCAGCAAUAAUGUAUCCACGGCAACCACAGGUUUGUCGGUUGGCCAGUUGCUCAGUAACACUCUGACCACCAGCUUGACCUCUACGUCUAGUGAGAGCGACACUGGUCAGGAAGCUGAGUUUUCCCUCUAUGGUAGGCUAUACUAGAAUUACUACUAUUACUAUGAUUAUUAUUAUUAUUAUGUUAUAUAGAUUAUAGAUCUAUUUUCUCCUCCUCCACUACUCUUCUGCUUCUUCAACAUUGAACACAUGUUUCUACUGCCUAACAUCCAUGUUGACAUUUGACACAUCUUGACUCGUCAGUCUCCUCCUCAUACAUUUGGCUAGCGCUUUCUAACUCGGACGCUAUAUAAAGUGCAUGAUGAUCAGUUGUUUCUAGUGAGACCUCACACUUGAGUCAUCUCCCUGCAGACUUCCUGGACAGCUGUCGUGCUAACACGCUAUUGGCCGAGUUAGAUGAUGAGGAGGAUCUGCCUGAGCCAGAUGAUGAUGAUGAUGAGAACGAGGAUGACAAUCAGGAAGACCAAGAGUAUGAGGAAGUUUUGGUACGGUCCAGGGUAAACCUUGGUUUCCACAUUCAUUUUAAUAGGGUAAAAUUUGUUGCAGUUUCUCUUCAUAUAGUGUACUUGUCGAUUGCAUGCUUGUACUCCCUUAUAAAAAAUGAUUGCCUGAACCUCGCUUAAGUUUGUCUGUAAAUUCUGUGGGUUGUGAAGUGUGUGAUUUGUGAAUGAAUGCAAUGUUGUUUUUUGUUUUGUUUUUAUGAAUGUUUCUUUCUCCUGUAGAUGUCUAAUAUCUGUGUUGUGUGUAAUACCUUGUCUGCCACUCCCAGAGAACUGAGGGCGGUUGUUCAUGUCCUGUUUUAACAGGAAGAGGAAGAGUAUGAAACCAAAGGGGGUCGGCGUAGAACCUGGGACGAUGACUUUGUCCUCAAGCGCCAGUUCUCUGCUUUAGUCCCGGCGUUUGACCCCAGACCAGGCCGGACCAACGUCCAGCAGACCACUGACUUGGAGAUCCCUCCCCCAGGUACACACACAACACCAACACUAUACAGUUCAAUAUGUAUGACUGUGGAUGGACUUGGUUUGUACAUGAUUACUAGACAAAUGGCAAGUCUUUCACACAUACUUCAAUUGAGCUCUAGAGCACAGCGGUGAGCUUUAUCUUAAUGUCUUUCCUUGUCCAUACAGGUACACCUCGCUCUGAAGUCCAGGAGGAGGUUGAGUGUGCCCCCUCCCCCCACCUCGCCCUCAUCCUCAAAGUGGCAGGGCUUGGAACCACCCGAGAAGUUGAACUACCUCUCUCCAACUACAAGGGUACUAUCUUUUACUAUGUCCAGAAGCUCCUGCAGGUUUCCUGCAGCGGGAGCAUCAAAUCAGAUAAACUACGCCGGAUCUGGGAACCGACAUAUACGUAAGUCUGCCUGGCUUGGAUGAUGGUUGUUUGAGUUUUUCCUCAUGAUUCUAACUUGAUACUAUGGUGAAACCUAAACUGAAAAUAGCCUUUUGAUCUCCUUUCCUAAUGAUGUUUUGACUUUCUGUGUUGCAGGAUAAUGUACAGAGAAAUGAAGGAUUCGGACAAAGAGAAGGAAAAUAGAAAGAUGGUAAUUGACAGGUUUCACAUCCCCUCAGUCUUUCUAUCCUGCCCAUUUAAAAUCUUGGCUGUGAAUUUCUGUGCCUGUUCUCAAAUGUGUAGCUAAAUGUUCCUCCUGGAUAGCUAGCCAGCUAGACAGACAUACCUCACUAACCUUUUAAAGAAGCACGGAGACUGUGACUGAAAACCCGAUUAGUCAUAAUGUAGCUAGAGUAACUGCACCGGCCUCUUUAGUGAUUAAACCAAUCUACUGUAAUGCAUGUCUAUUUGCCUUGAGACUUUACAAUCAGGAAAGACCAACAUUUGGUUCUUCCUGUUGUAGGGUUGCUGGUCUGUAGAGCAUGUGGAACAAUACCUUGGCACUGAUGAAUUACCAAAGAAUGACUUGAUAACCUACAUGCAGAAGAAUGCAGACUCAUCUUUCCUGCGCCACUGGAAAUUAACCGGCACUAAUAAAAGUAUUAGGAAAAACAGAAAUUGUUCUCAGCUCAUAGCUGCAUACAAGGUAUAGAACGACAUCAAGAUGUUGCUUAUAUAUCUAUUUUCUCUUCACUGUUUUGAUAUAUCGUUUUCUUUCUUGCUUGACUCACUUGUGUAGCCACUUGUGUUAGACAGUUGUUGCUGUUCUCUUAACUUUAGCUAAAUGGCUUGUGGCUGUUCUGUAAAUAAUGCAUUACCAUGAUUUGCAUAGACGUCAUUGUUGUGAGUCUGUUCCGUUUCAUUCUUUUGUUGUCACCCGAACAUGAUUGUGAGAAUGCAGUAAUUGAAUGUAUGUACAGUAAAAUAGCCAUGUCCAGUUUUAUGCUACUGUCUUCACUGUUAAUCAGAGAGUUAGUGUAGUCAGGGAGCUGAAGGAAACAUCAGGUUUAAACCACAGUCCAUAUGAUUGCUUGCAGGACUUCUGUGAGCAUGGAUGCAGGUCAGGGGGCUUGAGCCCUGGGUCUCUGGGUGUCAUGCAGACCUGUGACAUCCUGAGUGUGGCCAGGGAGCAGGCCCAGGCCAAGGCUGGCUCCAGCCAGAGCGCCUGCGGAGUGGAGGACGUACUCCAGCUGCUCCGCAUCCUGUUCAUCAUCGGGGGAGACCCCAACGCUCACGCACGCACCUUCCAGGAAGGUACGGACACACACAUCAGAACACACACACCUGCAUCCUCUUCAACAUUGGGGGACACCCCCACACACAUCUACCAGGAAGUUACGGCUACACCCAGCAUACCACCUCAGACAGUGGGAACUGGGCAACUCUGAUCCUAUGUAGUUGUAUUUAGUUAUGCCCCCAUCUCAUGUCAUCUGAAUACAAGAUAACGUUCAACCUUAUUUUAUGAUCCUCAAGCACUUUAGUCAUGUGUUUGCAGUGAAAACGUAACUUGUUUGUGUUCUUAAUGACACGUGUUGUUAAUCUACUGUGUUUUUGACUAGAUGUGGACGACCUCCAAUUCAAUGCAUCGCCUGAGGAAUUCACCAGCAAGAAGGUCACAACAAAGAUUCUUCAGCAGAUAGAGGAGCCUCUGGCCCUAGCCAGCGGGGCCCUCCCAGACUGGUGUGAGCAGCUAACCAGCAAGUGUCCUUUCCUCAUCCCCUUCGAGACCCGGCAGCUGUACUUCACCUGCACUGCGUUUGGAGCUUCCAGGUUAGUGCUACUUGACAUGUAACGGAAAUGGGUGUCUGUCAUGCUCUGUACUCUCCUGAAGCUGGUGCAAUGUCUUGUACUGCAGUGAAUAACAAACAUUGUGCUCCCUCACAUAUUACAUAUUGAAGAGAAAUUAUUUGAGUGCUGUCCAUUUCAUUCACCUUAUACUGUACUGACCCUGUAUGUGCCUGUGUCCUCAAGGGCAAUAGUGUGGCUGCAGAACCGGCGGGAGGCCACCAUUGAGCGCUCUCGGCCCUCCACCACAGUACGGAGGGACGACCCUGGGGAGUUUAGGGUGGGCCGGCUCAAACACGAGAGGAUCAAGGUCCCCCGUGGAGACCAGAUGAUGGAGUGGGCCGAGAGCGUCAUGCAGAUCCACGCCGACAGGAAGUCUGUUCUGGAGGUAAAAUACCAUGCUAGAUUACAACAGAUUUAAGCAGAUAUAUUUUUUACUCCUGGACUAAAAAGCAUGCUCAAUGGAGAAUCUAUGUGGAGUGAUUAUUGAUGGUCAUUGGUUGCCAUGAAUAAGUGGUCCAUGCAAUGCUAUGUGGUGUGAAAUAAGUCCUCAUUCAUCCAAUUCAUAGUCAUGAACUUUGUAAGCUUACUGUACAUGCUUUUUGUGUGGUUUUUUACAGCUUGGUAAUGUCCUCUAUUACUUUGAAUGGCAUGGAUAUGAAAGUUCUUAGUGACUAUCCCAAUGUGUCUCUUCCCAGGUUGAGUUCCAGGGGGAGGAGGGCACAGGCCUGGGUCCCACCCUGGAGUUCUAUGCUCUGGUGGCAGCUGAGUUCCAGAGGACUUCCCUGGGUAUCUGGCUCUGUGAUGAUGACUUCCCAGACGAUGAGUCUCGCCAGGCAAGUGCCACUUUACUGUCACAUGAAAACGUAGACCUAAUUUGGACUAAUAAUAUGCACAAUUGAAACAAUUGACAAUGUCCAUGCAAUUACAUGCUCUAAUUUUCUUCAAGAACAACAUACUGUAUAUUUAGAUUUUAUGAACCAUGUCAGUGUCACUUUAAAUGAAUACUUUUUGGAUUAACUGUGUAUUGUUCUUUCAGGUGGAUCUGGGUGGGGGUCUCAAACCUCCAGGCUACUACGUCCAGCGCUCCUGCGGCCUGUUCCCCGCCCCAUUCCCCCAAGACAGUGAUGAGCUGGAGCGCCUCAGCAAACUCUUCCUCUUCCUUGGGGUCUUCCUGGCCAAGUGCAUCCAGGACAACCGCCUGGUGGACCUGCCCAUCUCACGACCCUUCUUCAAGCUUCUUUGCAUGGGUGACAUUAAAAGCAACAUGUCCAAGCUGCUCUAUGCAUCCCGCGGGGGCCCUCUCCUCCUCGAUCCUACCGAGCAGCACCGCCACUUCUCAGAGAUCCAGUCGGAGGCGUCCACCGAGGAGAGCCAGGACACUUAUUCCAUCGGCAGCUUUGACGAGGACUCCAAGUCUGAGUUCAUCCUGGACCCCCCUAAACCCAAGCCCCCAGCCUGGUACCAUGGCAUCCUGAACUGGGAGGACUUUGAACUGGUCAACCCCCACCGGGCCAAGUUCCUGAAGGAGAUGAAGGAGCUGGCGGUGAAGAGGAGGCUGAUCCUAGGGAACAAGAGUCUGUCUGAGGAUGAGAAGAACACUAGGCUGCAGGACCUCAUGCUGAAGAACCCCAUGGGCUCUGGACCCCCGCUUAGUGUAGAGGACCUGGGGUGAGCACAGUGCCUACCACCACUCUUACUGAGAGAGCUUCUUAAAUUAGUCAAAAAUUCAAUGGUUAAUAUCCUGAAUUAGAAUGACAUUUGUGCUAAUUACAUUGUUUUGUAGGCUAUGUAUAAUCACCUUUGUCAGUUUCCCAAUAUGCUGAUUUAAUUAUUUGUUCCUUGACAGCUGUAACGUUGUCAUUCAACAUGGCUAAUUUUGAGUCCCUUUUCUCCCAGAUUGAAUUUCCAGUUCUGCCCUUCAUCCAAAGUGCAUGGGUUCUCAGCAGUGGAUCUGAAGCCCAAUGGAAAUGAUGAGGUAGGUAGAGAACUGCACCACUAUUGGCUCUGACCUGAGUUUUAUUGGGUAGAUGAGUGGUGUCUUAAUCUGGCCUGUGCCCCUCUCUGUUAAUCCUUCCAGAUGGUGACCAUGGAGAAUGCCGAGGAGUAUGUGGAGCUCAUGUUUGACUUCUCUAUGCACACUGGCAUCCAGAAACAAAUGGAGGCUUUCAGAGGUAUGCCUAUUGAAACAACACACAGAUUAGCAUUAGUCAUCACAUAGAACAAAUUAAUUUGUGUUUGCACACUACAUUUUGAAUGUAAUGAAAUGAACGGUUCUUUUCUCAGAGGGCUUUAACCGAGUGUUCCCAAUGGAGAAGCUGAGCUCCUUCAGUCACAAGGAGGUGCAGAUGAUCCUCUGUGGAAACCAGUCUCCUUCCUGGACAUCUGAGGACGUCAUGAACUACACAGAGCCCAAGCUGGGCUACACUCGGGACAGGUAUGAUGGCACUCGUAUCUACUACAGCUUGUAGACUAGAUAAAUUACUCUGGCCAGCUUGAAAAAAGUUUAUUUGACAUUAGAUCUCCUUGUAUUGACUGUGUUAGUCGUGAUUAAAAAGGGUUCAAAUGACAAGAACUGAAAUGGCGAAGUCGCUAACAUGAACAGAACGUCACUUACUUAGUUCCUGGAGGAACAUGGGACCUGCACUACUGCACCAGUACAUCAACUGACACUAUCUAACAGCUUGUUGUUUUCAUAUUUUGCUGGAGAGACCUUUUUAACUGUCUGUUCUGGUCCUCUCCACAGUCCUGGGUUCCUGCGUUUUGUGCGGGUGCUAUGUGGCAUGUCAUCUGACGAGAGGAAAGCUUUCCUCCAGUUCACCACAGGAUGCUCCACUCUGCCCCCUGGUGGUUUGGCCAACCUGCACCCACGCCUCACCAUCGUUCGGAAGGUAAGGCUCUCCAUGAGGCCAAUCACUGCUGAGUUUAGGAAACUAUGUCAACCUUGUAGUACAGUAAGCCAUCCUAAUGAGGUUGAUAUUGACAUGUUUCAUAAAUGCUGCCAGUAGAAAUUUGGGGAAUGUUUGAAAUGAAAUGUAUUCUGUUCAGCUUUAAAUCAUAGUAUUGUAAUGACGCUACCUCCAUCACUUGUAUCUGCCACUCCAGUCCUCUGGGAUUAUAGAGCAGGGCUGUGACUGCAAUGCAAUGAACCUAAUUGUUCCUCCUAGGUGGAUGCGGCAGACUCCAGCUAUCCCUCUGUUAACACUUGUGUGCACUACCUGAAGCUGCCAGAGUAUUCCUCUGAAGACAUCAUGAGAGAGCGCCUCCUAGCUGCUACCAUGGAGAAGGGCUUCCACCUCAACUGAGCAUGCUCCGUCUGCCCCAUAAUGACUGACCAACCCCCCUUGCUGGUGAAGCCUGUUGUGAUUUGUUGCAGAAAAAGAAACAUGCUGUGCUCUCUGAGAUCUUCCCCCUUCCUCCCAACCCCACCAAACCUUAAAUCUCCCCCGUCCUUUCCCCCUGAAAACUUUAGGAAGACAGUCCCAUGUUAACUCAAUAGCUACUGAUACAGAUAAGACCAGGGGCAUCCCCCCACCUUCCUCCCCUGUCCUCUGACCCACCUGCUUACUUGUCACAGCUCCCUCCCUCCCCAGGGCACUCUGCUGCUUUAAGGGCUUGAGCAACUGGAAGCCGGGGCAGACAGUUUCCUCAUGUUCUACAGUGUUUACUAUCUCUCUCUCUCAUACUCUGGCUGUGAGCAUCUGUGUACAAGUUCUCUGUAGAUUUUUGGGUUUUCAGAUUGACACCAUCUUCUCUCCAUCACCCGGCUGUCAACCUCCUUCCUUUCCCUGCGUGAUGUGAGGGGAGAAGGGCAUCUGCUUCUGUAGAGCUAACUGUAGUGUUUUGGCAUUUCCUUACCAGGUUAAGGUUUACUAGUGCCUGCAUUGUUUGAAUAUUAGGAUGUUCUUUUUCCUUUUACUUCAUCUAACAUCAUACAAUCAUGAUGCACAUGCUUAUUUUUCCUUUUCAUUUUGCUUUCGUUACUGUGUGAGUGUUUUGAUGUUUAUUACCCUGCUAUAAGGAUCAAAGUCCCUGAGUGCAUUUGUGUAAUUUGACAAUAAAGCUAGAGACAAAAACACUGGUUCUGUGUGCAAGGCACAUUUAAAAAGAAAAAAAGCAAGCUAUGCUUUCCCUUGUAUUUUCUUUGUAUAUUAUAAACAUUUAUUUAACUCAAGUUGCAGUUUGAAGUAAACAGAUAUUUUCAAAUGUGUAUGCUCCGAAAAUAAUCAUUAAAAUGUUUGCAAAGUAUGAAAAGUAUUGUUUAUUUACAUUUAAAAAAAGACCUGAAUAACUUUCCAUGCACAUUAAAGCUCCAAGGCAAAAUGUACGUGUAAUACCACAGUUCAAUCUAUUACUAUAGCUACUGUAUAAAAACAAAUCCCUAUUCUAUGCAAUGGAUUAUUAUUGAUAAACUCAAGUAUGAAGUCCAUAAAUCAUUUGGAUGGCAAUGUGUCCCUUUUUCAAAGGGAAAUAGUCCUGGUUUGUUCAGAUCUAGUGUCCAAAAGCCUGUUUUAGCAUGGAUAGCUCAUAAGAGAUCGACUCAUCUUUGUAUUUGUGCAUUAUAGCAUCUGUGACAGCAUG